CCGGAGUCGCUCGGGUCUCGGGCGAAUCAGUGCGCGUUUCCCUCUGCCAUUUGCGCGUCGGUACGCGGCAGCGGUGUUACCGGAAUCUCCGACGUGUGCUUACCGGUGCGUAGAAGACGCGUAACCGCCGUGUAGAUUGAGAGGUGUGCUUUUUACAGAUUCGGUGCUAUUCGUGCGUGGAUUUCUCGCGAUCAAAUCGAUCGAUAUGGCGGACACAGAGGCCAAGGAAACCAAAGUCACUACUCCUCAGAAAAAGGUAGUUGAAGAGAAAGUUGUCGAAGAGGAAGUUGUUGAUGAAGAUUCAAAAGCAUCUGAAAAUGGGGACACAAAAGAAACCAAAGAGAAUGGCUCAAGCGAGGAGAAAGAAGUUGAUGAGAAAGAAGCAGAAUCUACGGAAAAUGGGGAUUCUACAGAUGCUCCUGCCGAUAGCUGUUGCGUAAAGAGGAAAUCAACGGCUGGGGCUGAUGCAGCAGAAGAUGCACAGGAUGGUGCGAGUCCCGAGAAAAAAUCGAGACUCGAUGAAAAGUGCGUCGAAGCCGAGAAUAACGGUGAUGCAGAGGAGGCCACGGCCUAAUAUUCUCUUAUGUUUAUUAUUGACAGACAGACCUAAUCUAUAGACGCAAUUUUAACUACCGAGUGUGAAGCCAGGCAGAUCAUCUGUGCAUUUUCGGAAAAAAGAUGGCGAGUAUAUAAGAGAAAAAAAAAAAAAUACAGAAAAAAGAA